AGUAUUUCUCAAGCAACAUAAAAAGUUCAUAGCCCUUGUUCAACUAUACACACCAAGAUAUAUAUAUAACCUUUUUAUAAUCAAACUCUAGGUUAAUUUAUUUACCAAUAUGUCUCUUAUGACACAAGAAACGACUCCCCUAGUGUUGAACGUAACACGAGGGGAGCCUGAGCUGGUGUGUCCGGCUAAGGAUACACCACGAGAACAAAAAUUGGUUUCGGAUAUUGAUGACCAAGAGGGUCUCCGGUUCCAAAUGCCGGCUAUUAUGUUUUACCGAGCUGACCCUUCCAUGCAGGGUAAGGACCCCGUGAAAGUGGUCAAGGAUGCUCUUGCUAAGGCUCUUGUGUUUUUCUACCCUUAUGCUGGUCGACUGGUAGAAGGAUCAAAGAGGAAGCUUAUUGUCGAUUGCACCGGUGAAGGUGUACCCUUCAUCGAGGCUGAGGCCGAUGCUACACUCGAGGAUUUCGGUGAAAUUCAUCCUCCAUUUCCUUUGGAAGAGUUGCUAUAUGAAAUUCCCAACACUGAUGCUAUGGUUGGCACUCCCUUGCUCAUAGUUCAGGUAACCCGUCUCAAAUGUGGUGGAUUCAUAGUAGCCCUUCGAUGCAACCAUGUCAUAAGCGAUGGCACGGGCGUAAUGCAACUAAUGAACGCGGUAGGUGAGAUGGGGCGGGGCUUUGCCGUCCCAUCCAUCCUCCCGGUAUGGGAUCGUGAACGCUUACUCGCUAGAGACACCCCAAAAGUCACCUUCCCCCACCCCGAGUACGACCAACAUGAAGAAGUCGAUCACCACUCGAAUGGUGAAGCCGACUUAGUCCAAAAAUCCUUCCUCUUUGGACCAACCGAGCUUGCUGCCCUACGUCACCAUGUCCCUUCACACACCAAACAAUUCUCCACCUUUGACAUCCUCAGCGCUUCCCUAUGGCGUUGUCGUACCAUAGCACUCGGGUUUGACCCCGAGCAGGAAAUUCGUCUUCUCUUUGCUGUGAACGCAAGGGGUAAGUUUAACCCGCCCUUAGAGAAGGGGUACUAUGGGAAUGCUUGCGCAUUCCCGGCCGUUUGCGCUAAGGCGGGUGAUAUAUGCAAAAGUGACGUAGGAUAUAUUUUAGAAAAAAUAAGGAGCGUUAAAAGUGAUGUGAACGAGGAAUAUAUGAGGUCUAAUAUGGACCUUAUGGUAACAAAAGAUAGGCCACAUUUUACCGUGCAUCAAACCUACGUGGUGUCCGACCUUAGGCAUUUAGGGUUCGCGGAUGCUGAUUUCGGGUGGGGAAAGCCUGUAUUCGGAGGGCCGGCGAGUAAUGGGUCGAUACCGGAUGCUAGCUUCUUUAUUUCCUUUAAGAACAAGAAAGGAGAGACUAUGGUCAUGGUGCCUGUUUCCUUGGCUCCCCCUAAAAUGGAUGUUUUUAUUAACGAAUUGAGAGGGAUGCUUCAAGCACAACUUUAAAUUUUCGGAUUAUUAUGUAUUUUUUUAAUGUUGUUAAUUACAUGGUUUCUUAAUCUCAUUACGUGUUAGUAUUACCUUUUCUAUAAAUGUUAGCCCGUUUUGAGCUGUAAUGCGUAUUAUAUUGCCUUUGACAUUGUAUAUGAUCUAGUUGUAACUCAUUUGCAAGCAAUAUUAUUAAAUUGUUCAAAUUAUCUUUA